GAGAGGGAGAGAGAGAGAGAUAGGAAGGGUGCAGGGUGCGCUCCAUCCACAGCCUCUCUCACUGUGUCGGACUGUCAUCCCUGGAGCAGUCGCCUGAAUCUCCGCCACCCUGUGCAGCGGUCCUCCUCAGCUUUCAUCGGGUUUUUAGAGUUGUAGCAUGUAGCAUGGAUACGAUUUAGGCUAACGUGUAAAACACCACCUAACAGUCAUUAGUUUCAUUUAAAGAAACCUCCUGAAGCUCACCCGGCCGAAGUCACAAUAAUGAUGGAGUACUGGAGGCAAUGCGCGCUGUGGCUGAUAAACUGCAAGGUGCUCCCAGCUAACCACCGGGUUACGUGGGACUCUGCUCAGGUAUUUGACUUGGCUCAAACCCUCCGGGAUGGAGUCCUCCUGUGCCAUCUGCUCAACAACCUGAGACCCCAGACCAUCAACCUGAAGGAGAUCAACCUCCGGCCGCAAAUGUCACAGUUCCUGUGCCUGAAGAACAUCAGGACGUUCCUGGCAGCGUGCAGCGACGUCUUUGGCAUGAAGAAAAGUGAGCUCUUCGAGGCCUUUGACCUCUUUGACGUCAGGGACUUUGGAAAGGUUAUGGACACACUUUCUAAACUCUCCCACACAGUGAUUGUACAACAGACUGGAAUCAGGCCCUUUCCAACAGAGGAGAGUGUUGAAGAUGAGGACAUCUACAACCACCUGGAGGACCUCAUAGAUGAGAAUGGAGUGGAGGAUGAGGAGGACCUUUAUGACUGUGUGUACGAUGACGAAGAAGGCGGCGAGAUCUACGAGGACCUGAUGAAGACAGAAGCCGUCCCUCCUCCGGCAUUCCAGAAGCAAGCAGAGACUGACAUCAGGAGUUGCUGCUUGACAGAGAUCAAGCAGACAGAGGAGAAAUACACUGAGACCCUGGAGUCUAUAGAGAAGCACUUUAUGAUUCCCCUCAACACGUUCUUAUCCCCAGCUGAGAUGGAGAAUGUGUUUGUGAAUAUUCCGGACCUGGUUAAAGUCCACAAGUGUUUACUGCUGGAAAUCCAAGAUUCAGUCCACCACAGAAGUGCCCAGAACCUUUACCAGAUCUUCAUCACUUUCAAAGAGAGGUUGUUGAUCUAUGGGAAAUACUGCAGCCAUGUGGAGACAGCCAUCGCCACCCUGGAUGACAUCAGCAAAAACAGAGAAGAUGUACGCAUGAAGCUAGAGGAAUGCUCAAAAAGAGCCAACUAUGGCAAGUUCACACUGAGAGAUCUGCUAGUGGUUCCUAUGCAGCGAGUCUUGAAGUACCACCUCCUCCUGCAGGAGCUUGUGAAACACACCCAUGAUGGCACUGAGAAGACGAAUUUACGGACCGCCUUAGAUGCAAUGAAGGAUUUGGCCCAGUAUGUUAACGAAGUCAAGAGGGACAACGAGACAUUGCGAGAAAUAGAUCAGUACCAGAAAUCCAUUGAAAAUCUGAAUCAGCGUCUGAGUAACUACGGGAGACCCAAAGUUGACGGGGAAGUACGGGUGGCCUCGGUGGACAAACGAGCUAAGCAGGACAGGCACAUCUUCCUGUUUGACGCUGCGGUCAUUGUUUGUAAGCGGCGAGGAGACAACUACGAGAUGAAAGAAGUGAUCGAUUUGCACCUCUUCAAAGUCACCAACAAUCCCACGUCGGACAAAGAGAACCGAAAGUGGUCCUACGGAUUCUACCUCACUCAUAACCAGGGCCAGAGCGGCUUUGAAUUCUUUUUCAAGACCAAAGACCUGAAAAAGAAGUGGUUGGAACAGUUCGGCAUGGCCAUAUCCAACAUUCGGCCAGAGAAUGCGACCAACAACCACCAUGAAUUUCGUAUGCACACCUUUGAAAGAAUCACCUCCUGCAAUUCUUGCCACAUGCUGCUUAGGGGCGUCUUUUACCAGGGCUACUUGUGCUCCAAGUGUGGUCUAGGUGCACAUAAAGAAUGCCUGGGCCGUUUCGGGUGCUGCGGAAAAACAGAUUCCGGCUCCGUCAGAACUCAGGGCAAAGAUCGAGAUCCAGGUCUGCCCAAGAUGCUGGUAAUCAGGAACUAUUUUGGAUCGCCAAGCCCUGCUUCAGGUCCAGCGCUCCACAUCCAGACGGGUGACAUCAUUGAAUUAAUCUGCGCCGACAUUCACAGCCCCUGGUGGCAGGGCAAAAUCCUGUCAACGAAAGAGGUUGGCUUCUUUCCAAGCGAUGCUGUGAAGCCUUGCCCCUGCGUCCCGAAGCCCGUCGAUUAUUCCUCUCAACCUUGGUUUGCAGGCCCUAUGGAGAGGCUGCAGGCAGAGGCGGAGCUCAUCAAUAGAGUCAACAGCACCUACCUGGUGCGCCAUCGCAGCAGAGAGUACACAGAGUACGCCAUCAGCAUAAAGUACAACAACGAUGUGAAGCACAUAAAGAUCCUGACCAAGGAGGGCUCCUUCUACAUUGCAGAGAACAAAAAGUUCAGGAGCAUAGUAGAGCUGAUUGAGUACUACAAACAUCACUCCCUGAGAGAAGGUUUUAGGAGUCUAGACACCACGCUGCAGUUUCCUUACCGGGAAAUGGAGAAUGCUGCUAUGCACCGCUUCAACCGAUCCGGUGGCAACAUGUUUACCCCCAAAGUGAUCGGUGUGGCAAUAGCGCGGUACGACUUCAGCUCGCGCGACACCCGGGAGCUCUCUCUGCAGGAGGGAGACGUGGUUAAGAUCUACACCAAGUCGGGAGCUAAUGGCUGGUGGAGGGGCGAGGUCAACGGCAGGGUGGGCUGGUUUCCAUCCACAUACGUUGAAGAGUGCGAGGAGUGAAAGGGCCCGCGUGAGGGAAAAACGAGGAAGAUAAAAGAAGAAGGGCAGCAGUGGAGUAAGCAAACCGAUCUCAUGACAGUGACUGAGUCAGCUUUUGCACCCCCGCCUGCUCCCACGUUACUUUUCAGAGUGAAGCAGACGGCUUCGCUCACCUCCACGGUGCCCUGUUGCCUAAAACCAUCCCAGAAGCCUUUGGGAGAGGAAGGGCUAUAGUACGCUGCAGAUGCAGAGAUGCACAGUCAUUUCUGCUUGACUCUGUGUGGCUAAGCGACUCCACCGACUAGCAGCUUGCCUGUCAGCGGGGCACAGGUCUUCGCCAGACACCCCCCCAAACCCCCACCCCCUCGCCCUCCUCCUCUCCCCCUCACUUCAUCCGUCCAUCCAUAAUUCAUCCUCCACUUCCUUCCUCCCUGCCCUAGCCAGCCGCAGCGCCACAACUCCCACCUGUUUCCGCUUGCCAAGUCGGCCGUUGCCUGAACUGUCAGAAGCAGAUACUCAAACGCCGCUCUUCCAUUCAUCCGCUCAUCCAUUCAUCCAUCUACACCCCCCCCUUAUCGCUCCGUGUGGGAAUAGAGUCAUCGGAGAGUUGGGAGACACUUUAGUUUUUUCUCUUUUUUUCCCCUUUCAUCCUCAUGUCUGAAGGGAUUUCAGUCAGUUUUGACCUUGCCUGCCUGUGUUUUUUCCCACUAAUGCAGGUGGAUAUUGAUGACUUGAUGACCCAAAUUCAUACACACACACACGCACGUGCGCGCGCCACCCACCUCUCCUCUCCCUUCAGAUUAUUAUCGCCGCACACUUGCACACGCACUCUUCCAGGAGAUGUAAGAGAGGGAUGGUGUCGGAUAGCAUCGCUGCACAGUGCCAGCAAUUGAUCGCUGUUGUUCCUAUUUUCCUUCCACCUCCUACAUUCUUUAUCUCCAGACCAGCCUCUCAUGUUUUUUAGUUGUCUUGGCCGUUAGCGAUCCCCACGCUCUUAUCGGUGGCAGCUCUGUCAACAAGAGCCCAUCCGCCAAGGGUUUAUCUUAUUGGAGGCAUUAGCGGCUCGUCGGGGGUGGUGGUGGCGGUGGAAGAGGGGGGGCAAACCGCGCUACCUGGAAGCCACCUGCUACCUUAGCACUGAACGGCAGAAAAGAAAAGCACACGAAACACAAACACAGCCCCUGCUUUGUUCUUCCCCAGUUUAUCGUCUCAUCGUUUCUUAGCAUGUUUUGAGCUGUUGUUCCAGUUUCAUCGUGUGCAGGUUUGAUAAACACGGCUGAUUACGUUCCAGAGGCUGCGCUGGUCGACCAGGAGAGGCUAUACUAACACAGACACCUGUCUUGUAGAAAGAAAUGCACUCGAAGGCUUGGAAAUUUGCUUUGGAAAGAAAAAUGCAUUUAAAAAAUACAUAUUUUAAGUAUCAUGACUUCGAUCCAGAAGGACUAACGUCAUCUUUUAGAAACCUUUCUGUCACGCUUAUAUCUGCCUUCCCUCACCGCCCUCACCCCGGUUGUGCACAAUGCCUUCUUAGUCAAAGUAAAAGCGGAUUUUCCCACAUUUGAAGGAAUAAAAACCUUUAAAGGGACACAAGCUGUGCACGCUUUUAAUGUUAACAUCAAGGUGCCAGAGGACACAGAUCCAACAUAGUGAUCAUGCACGGAGGCUGGACAUGGAGGACUCCUCAGUAGCUGGCUUUGUGUAGCUUUGUGUAGCUUUGUUUAGCAAUGAAAUAUUUGUUGGCUGUAACCUCAGAUCAUGUCUUUAUUCUAUUUUUCAAUGUGUACAUACUGAAACUUUUAUUUAAUCGAUGGUUGGUGAUGUCUUUCCUCACAAUCACCCUGUCACAGAGCAGUCCACAUCGCAUGUAUUAUGUAAGGAUGGUCAAAACACUACUUUGAACUAGUCCUUUAAUGUCUAGUAAGUUGUUGUUUGUCUGCAUUUCUUCAUUUUUCCUUCUUUUGUUUUUUUAAACAUGCAGUUCAGCUAAAAUAUGAUCGCAUUUGUCAUUGGAGCACACUGCAGGGAAGCUUAAGAAGCAGCUUAAGUGGAAACUAUGGUGAAAUUCUCUUGUAGACGUUGAGUUUUCAGAGUUUGUAUUGAUUUGACGAGAUCAAAGUAACCAUCGCUCUUCAGCUAACUCGUGGGUCUUGCCUGGAGAAUCAGCCCGCAGGGCGAUCCUUCCAGUCAGAGCUAGCCCUUCCACUGUCACGUCUGCACUACGGUGAUGCCACUGAGUAUCAUAUUUUCUGAAUUUAAGUAACGAUUUAUUAUGAAGCAAGGCAUUUAUAUACGCUUAAUGGAGCCAUUAUAGUUGAAAGUCAUUAAUAACUCCCUGUCAGUGUCGUCUCUCCAUGCCUUUUGUAAUAUGUAGGAGAAAUGUUUUUAUACGCAGACGUUUUCUUAAAGCACUAGACCGAAGGAUCGCGUUAUCAUAUGUUUGUGCCGUCUCCCUGUCUACCCAACACACUUUCCUCUGCUCAUCAACAGUGUCAUUAAGUGACCACUAGAUGGAAGCAUUUUAAACACAGCCUAGCAGCCACUUCUCACUCUGCAAAAGUUUGGGCAUGACAUCAUCUGAUUAGGAGGUGAACGAUAUUAAAGGAAACAGCUGGCAGCAGGCUCAGACGUGCUGCUGCGAGCGUGAGAAACAGAGGAAGCUCUGAAAGACAAGCCCAAAGUAUCAAAGUGCAAAAGGAGGGUUGUUUAAACUGCUCCUUGGGCUGAUACCACCAUGACUUUUAUUUUUUAUUUUUUUGACGUGUAUUGAUCAUUUCUGAUGUUCGAGAAACUUCUCGUCAAGUAAGAGCCUUCAGGAUCGCACUACUUCUCCCCUCCUGCUUUCCAGCGCGACUGCUGUCUCCGAACAGUCAAACAUGAGAUUUGUAACAUCUUUAAGAAAUCGGAGAGUGAGGGAGGGGUGUGCUGCAGAAGGAGCACACCUCUCUCCCGUCUGGGGAGAACUGGAGAGCUGGAGUGGGCUCCUCUAAUCGCAGACUCUGGUAAUCCACUCCCGCUCUCCCUCCUCCACCCAGAUGAACUCUGACAGCGGGGCCAUUUACAGCUGCAGGCUUUCCUCUCCUCCAAGUGUGCCUCCAGAUUUUUUCUUUUCUUUUUUUUUGUGGGCAGGAGGGACGGGAGGAAGGCUCAAGGGUAUCUGUGAUCUAAUCAUUACACCAUCUCCUCACCUCAGCGACCCUGCUGCAUCCAUCUCUCUGUCGGCUCCCCUCUCUCUCGCUCUAUCUCACCGUGUCACUCCCCUCCUCUCUCUCCCACUCGCUCUUUACUGCUCUCUUUCCCCAUCUAUCUUUCAUCCAAUCUCCGUCUCCUCUGUUUCUCUCUGUAUUCCGUCCCUCACCCCGACACUCUGUAGGCUGUGACCGCUGCUGUUUGUUGGUGGGAGGAGAAUCGGAGAUUCUGUAUUACUGGGCGAGGAGGCAGAGAGGCGGCCUCAAUCGGAAAACAAGCCCAGCAAAAUGAGGACUAGUUUAAUUUUACCGUAAAUUAAUAGGCUGGGAGAAAUGAUGCCAGUUAGAGAAUGAAUUAGAAUUUGCUCUCGCUAUUGUGAUCCCCUUGGUGUAUACACAGAUUAAGUCCGUAUGCACAGGCACAUCCCACGUGGGGAAAAGCAUUUUGACUGAAUUCAGGGCUGUGUUGUUGUAUUAACCUGAAACAUAACUCAAAUAUGAAGAAAACAUGAAUUUUUUUUUCUUUCCUUCUUUUUUUUGGUCAGUACUUCCUGUGGACUAAAGUUUGCAUUGUCGGUGUUCAUGCUUUUGUUAUUUCAAUGAAGCCAAAGAUGUAUGCUGUACUUACUGUUAUGUCUCAUAACCACGGUACCCAACCGCUGUGGCCUAACUCUAAAACUGUGCAAUCCUGAGUGUGUAGCAUAACCCUGUAUUGUUGCUGUAUUAUAUUGUAAAUGAUGUACAUAGCACAUAAUAAAGAUAUACAGUACACAGCUU